UUUGUGGGUGCAAGUCGUGUCUCUUUCUGCCUCUCUGCCUCUUUCUAUCUUCUUCUCCUUAAAAUUCCUUUGGUGGCUUCUUCCAUCUUCUCUCACUCUCUCACUCUCUCACUCUCUCACUCUCUCAGUCUCCGUGAAUCAAACACAGUCUACUCUGAUAUCUAUCAAAUGGCUAUUGUUACUGCUUCUGCUCAUCUUUCUCUGAAUCUCUCUUCCCCUCUGCUGCGUGCCUCUGUAGCUUCCUCCAAAUGCUUCCCUACGGAAAUGUCGCCUGCAAUAUCAUCAGCAAACAAAAGAAGAGCUCUCCCAUGUCCUCUUGUGAUCAAGAACACCAGAAUUUCUAGUGUAGAUGUUGUUGAUGAGGCUGACCAGCAAAAAGAAUUAGGGAUGGAGAAGAAGCCCAACGAGACCCUUUUGUAUUCCCUCAGUCCUUUGCCUCUGCUGCUUGUGGCUGCUCUUCCUGGAGCUGGAGCUGUGACAUCUCUGUUCGAGCCUUUCGUUGAGCUUGUUAAAUCAUUUGGUCUUCCUGGCUGGCUUGUGCAUUGGGCUGUGGUGCUUUUUGCCAUGGGAGGCUAUGGAACAUAUCUUGGUUACCGGAUACGGUAUUCUGAUGAUGUGGAGGAGAAGGCCAAUGCCAAAGACUUGCACCCUAAGCUUCUAGCUGGCAUGUUUUUCUUUUUCGCUCUUGGAGCAACUGGUGGAGUAACUUCUCUUCUCACUUCAGACAAACCCAUUUUUGAGAGCUCUCAUGCUGUCACAGGGCUUAUUGGCCUUGGCCUCUUGACCAUACAAACCAUUUUACCUGCUUUGUUUGAGGGCAAACCUCAAUUGAGAACUGUUCAUGGGGUCUUGGGUACUGGGAUCAUGACAUUGUUUGUUGUCCAUGCUGCCCUUGGACUUCAACUUGGCCUAAGCUACUAAUAUAUGAUUCUUUUCCAUGCCUAGCUAGUUUUCUUGGAUUUUCUUCACUACAUUUUAGCUUAAUUAUUCAUACCCUUUUCCACAAUUGGUUUCAACUUUAAGCUCUCAGGAUCAGCAAUCUUAUUGAGCAAAAAACACAGCAGCAGGGAGUAGGGAAAA